AUGACCACCAUGAACGAAGUCAUCUCGGAGCUGGCUGAGCAGCAGCCAGAAGUCCCCAUCCCUGAAUCAAGGGUCCUCAUUAUUAUGACCGGAGGAACCAUUUGCAUGCGACAAUCGCCAUGCGGAUUCAUCCCGGCCAGAGGUUUUCAAGAACACUGCCUGGCUCGAGUGCCUACUUUCAGUGAUGGUUCUCAAUCCACCACCAUGGACGUGGUCGUAGAUGCAGCUGGAACGGUCAAGGGACAUCCGAGCUUGCGCACUCCCCAGACCGCAUAUGGCCGACGGGUGCGGUAUACAGUCUUCGAGUUCGACGAGCUCCUGGACAGCAGCUCGAUCGACGCCAAAGGUUGGGCCGAGAUCGCAGAAACGGUGAAACUAAACUACACGCAUUUCGACGGCUUCGUCGUGCUACAUGGCACCGACAGUCUGGCAUAUACUUGCUCGGCACUCAGUUUCAUGCUGCAGAACCUCGGAAAGCCGGUGGUUCUGACGGGAUCUCAGGCUCCCAUGCUCGAAUUGCAGAAUGACGCCACGGAUAACCUGCUGGGUUCGCUAGUGGUCGCCAGUCACUUCAUGAUCCCCGAAGUGUGUCUCUACUUCAACAACCGACUCUUCCGUGGAAAUCGGGCGAGUAAGGUAUCGGCCAGCGACUUUGCUGCGUUUGCCUCGCCCAAUUGUCCCCCGCUGGCCGUGACGACAUCCAUGCGAACCAACGUCGACUGGGAGCUGGUGAACCGACCUAAUAACAUUGAGCAUUUCAACAUCCAAACCAACCUCGACACCACCCACGUUGCCUGCCUUCGCAUAUUCCCGGGAAUCAAGCCGGAGAUGGUCGACGCGGUGCUACGACUAGAGGGACUGCGUGGAUUGGUGCUGGAGACCUUCGGAGCCGGUAAUGCACCGCACGGUCAGGAUAAUGCCAUGACCAAGGUGUUUGCCGACGCCAUCAAGCGAGGAAUUGUCAUUGUCAACGUAACUCAAUGUUUGACUGGUAGCGUUAGCCCGGUGUACGCCACGGGCAUGAGUCUGUCGCGAGCGGGCGUCGUGGCCGGACUGGAUAUGACGACGGAAGCUGCGCUGACCAAGCUUGCCUACCUUCUGGCGCUUCCUGACUCGUCGCCGGAGACCGUUGCCAAGAACAUGUCCAUUUCCCUGCGCGGGGAACUGAACGAGGUGUCGCAACCGGUGUUCCGUCAUCCAGACGGCGCCCUUCCCGAGCGGGUUCAGGCACUCACCAUGCUCGGAUACGCGAUCGCGCAAGGCGAUCUCGAACGAGUCCAGGAUAUCAUGAAGGUCGAGCACCACUGGAUCCUGAACGACGCGGACUAUUCGGGCAACACUCCGAUCCAUCUUGCGGCGUCGUCGCCCUCCCUGCCCAUUCUUCGAUGCCUGCUACUGCAAGGUGGUUCGGUGCACAUUCGGAACCGUAGCGGUCGCACGCCGCUGUUCCUGGCGGCCAACGCGAACCUCUCCGAGCACGUUAUGCUGCUGCGCAAGUCGGGCGCGCAUUUGCAUUCCGACGAGCGGCCGGCGGCGACGUUGCUGGCGCGACGGAGACCGGGGAUCUGGGGGUUGGCGGGGAUCGGACCCCGGGAGAUCAGUGAGAGGGAGAUGGAUGAGGAAGCGGGGGAGCGCCAGCUGGAACGGGGGAUGGCGGGAUCGGCGCCAUAG